AUGGUAUCAGUUAGAGCUCAGUACAACUUUUUGCGAGUACUCAACGGGUCGCCAACAACGAUACAAAAUUAUCCUAUCCUUGCUCAACUGUUACUGGAUGUGUGGGGCACGCAGAACUACAUCCAGCAUUGUGCGGGCGUUAUCCUUACAUCACGACAUGUUAUAUCGACGGCACAUUGUUUUCAAUAUAAUGAAAAUACAGGCAGAAACUAUUCAAACUCACAAUACUGGAGGAUAAGAGUCGGCUCAACGUAUCGGACAAGAGGAGGAGUUAUGCAUAAAGUAAAAACCAUUGUUCUACAUUAUGGAUUUGACAAAACAUAUUACAUAAACGAUAUAGCAGUAGUUGUUGUGGCCAGAAAAUUCAAUAUCGGGAGCUUAAUCAAGCAAGCUACAAUUGUCAAACCCAAUACAGAACUUGCGCCUAAUUCUAUAUGCACCUUGGUUGGAUGGGGAGCAACUCAGAAAAAUGGUCCGCAACCGGAUCAACUUCAGCAAACAAUGAUGCUGACAAUAGAUCAAGAAGAUUGCAAAGUCCGAUACCAAGCAAUCGGUGCAAUAAUAAUGAAUUCAAUGAUGUGUGCUGGAAGUACAGACAUAGAUGGUAUUGACGGCUGUUACGGAGACUCUGGUGGACCGUUGAUUUACAAAGGCGUGGUAGUAGGUCUUGUAUCAUUUGGUUAUGCUUGCGGUAUUAGAUAUUAUCCUGGUGUCUACACAAAAGUGUCGCAUUACACCAAUUGGAUUAUUAAUACAAUUUCCAUUAAUACAUAAUAAAAAAUUUUGAUUAA